CUGUCAUGUAUGUGUUGAUAUCAGGUGGGGGGUUUUCGUGUCGGUCUGGUUCAUCCAUCAAUACAUGGUGCUUGUACAGGGAGGGGACGGACGGGGCAGCGGACUGACUGGCACAUGUCCCAUGUAUGUGCGUGUCGCUCUGCAUUCGGAGCAACGAGCUGCUUGGAUGGUUGAACUCAUCAGCUGCAUUGCAAAUCGUCUUGGCAGCGUCCCCGUGACAUAGUCAACCAUCAAACAAACGCAGAUAUGGCGCCUUCCCCCCCCCCUGCAAAUCGUCGACCACCGAUCCGCCCAUCUAAACCCUAAAUCCACCCAUCUUGCGAGAGCCGCGAAUAGGCGAAUAGAUGAAGGCCUGUACGCGGCUUUCUCCCUGGCAGAUGGCGACGGUUUCUUCACAUUUCAUCUGAGCAGCUGGUGCGGACACCCACACCUUCCCUCGGACCAGAGCAGAUCUCAUGCAUGCCUUUGAGGUGCUCUGUGUGUGUGUGUGUGUGUGUAUGUCAUUCAGGUUGCGUCAUUUUUCCAUCCUCAUGGCGACUGGUGGUCGCAAGCAGCGAGCGGGAAGUAGCCGAGGAUGGGCCGAGUAUCAUCCGCUGCAGUUGAUGAGCACCCGCUUUGGCCACACUAGCCACUUUGUUGAUGAAUACCGCCCCCUCCCGCAGCACAUCGUCCCCCCGCCUCCCCGCAACCUCCUCGGCCCCGCCAGCCCGAUGCCCCUGAUGGGUCGUACACAGCUGCUCGAGAGCAGGGGCAGGGAGGUCUUCAAAUGGGUGGGGCGCGACGAAACUGGACAGGUAGGUCAGCCUCCGGAGGCUCUUGGUAUCCGUGUGUGUGGAUCGUGUAUGCUAUGCGUGUGCAGGUGGGCAACCACACCAAGGGCAUCAAUAAGGUCAUAGCGAGGCUGCGGGACACCCAGACGCUACUCCGUGCCUACGUAAGCGUGCUGAGUGAUAUAUUGACACCCAAGCCCUCCCUGCACCAUUUCGAUUCCUCUCUGCAGCCUGAGGUGCGGCCGUCAGAGUCCACCAAGCGGUCCCUCGCCACACUGACCAGCGCCGUCGAUGAGUACAUGGACGAUAUCCAACACCACAAGUCGGACGCCGUGGCAGAGGUGAGCUGGCACGAUGUUGGCUCAACAAAUGCUGUGGUAAUGCUUUGGUGUGUGUGCAGGGUGGCGCGGCCGUCCACAGUGGUUACGAGCUGGAGUUGUGUGGUGUCGACUCGCGCGACGCGAGCACACAAGUAGACGAGUACCAAAUCGCAAACCACUUCUACGCUGGUGGGCGAGCACUUGAUGAUAGAAUAGAUACCCAGACACAGACUACGCUGCUGUGUCUGUGUCUGUGUGUCAGAUUCAGUGCCGUCCAUCUACGGCAUGGACAUCUGCCCCCUCCACACGAUGUGCGACUUCCUGCAGCCCCGCCACCUCGCCGCCCUCCGCGCAGCAGCCAAGACCCCCACCGCAGUCACCAUCAACACAGCAUACGGCUCCAAUCGACUCAAGGCCUACACGGAGAAGAAGAAGCUCGACUCGGCCUUCCGCUUCGACCUCCACAACAUGCACAGCAUCCUCUGCGCGCUGCAUGUGAUGGAGGGGGCGGUGCUGGAGGGGCCGGUGGGGCUUACGGUGAUUGAGGGGUGGGGCGAGGGCGAGUGGGUGCCCCACAUGCACUUGGCCAAGCACCAUGGUUGGGUGAAAUCCCUGCCACUGGCGAUCAGGGCGGCCGACGUGCGUGAGGCGACCAUGAUGCAGCCUGACUACGCCACCUUUCCCAGGGGAGUGCGGCAGUGCUUCCUCUUCACGCACCGACUGCGGAAGCAGGACGCGGGCAGCCUGGUGGUGCGGGCGGGUCGCGGUGUGGGCGGCCACAGGUACACAGUGGGCGGCAGGGGGCUGGUCGACACAUCCCCAUUCUCAGGUCAGUCAGCACGGCAGGCACGGGACAGCACAUUGGAGGACAGACAGCAGGACUCACAUAUCGUGUGUGGGUACAUUUGUUGAUCUGGUCUGGUUGCCGCAGGCGUCACAUACGCUCUCAUGCAGACGUUGCUACGCCGGCAAGCGAGAAGAAGAGACCACCUGCCGAUCAUUUCUCUCUCUCUCUCUCUCUCUCUCUCCGUCUCUGCCUUUGCGUGACGCACACAGAAUUCAGGAGUCACCACCGGGCAUCGUGGCGCAGAUGUCGAGAAUUCCGAAGACUGACCCCCGAUUUGACUGGCUCACCGGCAUCCUGAGCAAGCAGGACUCCAUCCAUAAGCUCCCGGACUACUCCGACAAUCUGCGAGACUACACGCCGAUAUGGGGCACCACCAUAUACACCACAGCGGCCGUCGGCCAGUCCGGAGGCUCACGUAAGUGAUCCAAACAAGGACACGGCAGCACGCACUCACACAUGACGUGCUUAUUGUCUGUCUGUGUGUCUGUUUGUGUGUGUGUAUUCCAGGCAUCAUCACUCUGAGUGGUGUCCGUCCAGGCGACGCGUUUGCGCUGCAGGUGCGCAUCACCCGGAAGACCAGGACUGCAGUGUCGAUUCAGCUGACCACGACGGAGGAGCGACAGGCUGGCCCGGUGCCCUACCCACUGUCCGUCGAGCUCACACGGGAGAUGGUGGGGUGGGAGCUGGACUGGCUCUUGUCUCACACUGAUGAUGAGUGGGGAGGUCUCUUGAUGGACGUGUAGCUAAGGGUACAGCUGACUGACCGACGUGAGUGGAUCUCGAGACGACAGACAGACAACGGGCCGUGCGUCUUGAGAUGCUCCCUGUGGUGGCGGCGGCGUACAGAGAAGGGCGGUUGACCUGAUGGCAGCCUUCUUCUAUGUGCUACUAUCGCCACAGGGAGCGUUUCGGAUGUUGGCGGUCGGUGUGCACAGAUGGAGGAAGAGGAAGGGCUCAGUGUUCUCUCUGCAUGCGUGUCGCAUGUUGUUAAUAGCGGGAGGGGCGUUGCACUGGUACACCAUGGAUGGUACAGCAAGUAUACACACGGCUGUGAUGAGUGAAUGCGCGCAGGCUCAAGCCACAGUCCA